CGUUAUAAGCACAUUAAAAUAGAUAACGAGUUAAUGUUUUUGUAUGGUGACUAUGUAUUUUGGUUACUAUGACUAUGGCUCUACAAGUCUGCGCUAGUUGCUAUUACUAAUCGAUUUGCAGUCUUCUUGUUUUCAUAGCGGCGUGCUUGUGACGGUACGAUUAUUCUAGGCAGUGUUCAUGGAAAUGGUUUCGGAAGCUAAGGUUAAUGGAAAUGAUGCACCUUCUGAGGUGCUGCCGGCUUUGGCUGAGAAGCCUGUUGGCUUACCACCUGGUAAGUACUCUCUUGUGGGUUGGGACAUGGACACUACUGGCCGAAGACUUAUUGAUGAGAUAUGUCAAAUAGCAGCAUAUACCCCUAAGCAAACAUACUCUCAAUAUAUAAUGCCUUAUGGUGACUUGAAUCCUGGAGCAAGACGUCGGCACAAUGUAAGAGUUGUUACUGUUGGACGGUAUCGGAUGCUUAAAGAUACUAUAACUCAUAAGAUAUUAAAGACAAAGUCUGAAGUGUCAGCCUUAACAGACUUCCUAGACUGGCUGGAGAAGGAGAAAGGAGAUGGCAGUGUCAUACUUAUAUACCAUGAACCUAGACGUCUUAGCCCCACAAUGUUGCUUGAGGCUUUAACUCGUUACAAGUUGUUGGACCGUUUCAAGACCAUAGUAGCAGGUUUCACAGACAGUUAUGCCUUGGCUGCCGAGAAAUGUAAAGCGACAGUGAAGUCUGUUUCUCUACGGGUACUAGCUCGAGUACUUUUAGAUGCAGAUACAUUGUCUGUUGAUAGUGCACUUGAUAGAGCUUCAACAGCCUAUCGGAUUGUUGAGCAUUUGUCACAAAGUGAACAGCAAGAAGUAGGUGGUGGUGGUGAGGGUAUUUCAGCGAGUGAAGACAUGGUAGAAACAGCCCGGGCCUGGGCGCGACCUGUACAUACAGAGCUUGAGGCACUUGAUAAGCUUAAAAAGCUGCUGGAAAGACAGAACACUUUCCGUCCGGUAUUUGCGCCACUCCUUCGUCUGGCGCGACCCGAACGCAAGCGUGUCACUCAGCUAAGACGGCUGUUAGCCGACGCCGGCUUGCUCUAUGACCACCUCAAAGAUGCUUGGCAGGAACGGCAGGUUUCAGGUUUAGAAACACAAUUGUCGGCACUUUCCGUAUCGGCAAAGGAAGAAGACAUAAAGGAGUUGAUAGAUAUAUUCGAUCGCCACUUUGAUCCAGCCAAAGAACCCAAGUCACCUAAACCAAGGGUCAACAAAAAUAGAACAACAUCUUCGGCUGGUGAAACAGGUGAGGCAGAGGGUAGCACCAGCGAAUCCCAGAAGAGCUCUGAGCAAAACUCUCCAGUCAAGACUAAUGAUGCGACUGCAAAUUUGGAUCAACAAAAAGAGGCGGUGGUCGCAAACUAACAAAAUAAAGCUUUUAAAAUUAUCAUUUAGCAUCGGCCAUACGGAUGUGAAUUACAUUUAUUCGUAUUAUACACUUAGGUUAAGUCCACAACGGAAUUGAUUAUUUGUUUUGCAUUGGUGGUCCUGGGGUCCUCUACUACUAAUUUUCAGUAAUUUAGUGAUUCUUAACUUGUCAACAAAUAGCUAAUAUUUAUAACAUAAAGAAUGUGCCAUCUAUAAGAUGAAUUAAGUGGUUAAGUCAGUGGCAUACAUGUACAAGCCCUGUGAUUUAAUAUACUAGUUAAAUGCUUGGUACUGAUUUUUUAUUCAAUAUAAGACAAGUUAAGAUCCUAUAUUAUUGUAGUAGAGGUAUGCCAUUCAUAAUAAUUAAAAAAAAAAGGAAAAGUACCCGUAUGCAUUUUUACAGCAUUCCCCAAUAUUUUUUUUGUUAAAAAUCAGUUUUAGCCUGUUUUUAGUUUUCGUUUUACAAUGCUUAGAAAACUAGAAAUGUGUAGUGAUGAGUGCCUUAGCAACUCAGUAAUAAUUAGGUAACAUACUACAGAUGAGACAAAAAUUUUCGUUGCUAUUUUAUUUGAUAAUUAGAUUUUUUUUAACUUGGAUAUCAAUAGUUUUCAAUAUUAGCCCAUCAUAUUGAAAAUUAAGGUUUUCAAGUAUUCAUGGGUUUCAGAAAACUGCAAUAAAUCUGCAUGUGACCUGAAAUUUUGUCUCAUUGUGUAUAUCUUUAUAUAAUUGGCUACAAGAUUGAAAAUACUAGACAGUUUGCCUUUUUAAGUGCCAAUUUUUCAAGCAUCACACCGUUUUUGAAGAUGUUAAAAUUGGAAAAUUGACAUUAGUAGCCAAUCAUAAAAGAAUAAUUAUUUUAUUUGUCGAUUGCUAUUUUUGGCGAUCUGAUGUCUAAUGACACGUGUGGGUUGUUUAAAAAUACUUAUCCUUAGCUUUUGUUAUUUGAAGUACAAUUAUUUAUUCGUACUCGAAAGCGUUUAUUUAUAUAGAGAUAACAUUUAUUUAUUUAAAACGUGCAAUCUUAAGAAAAGGAUGGACUGAUUUUAACAUCCACUUUUGUUUUUUUUUAUAUUUUAUUUGCAAAUGCUAUACUAAUUCUGUCGCAUGUACUCUUGCUGUAAGUUUUACCACACAUUACCGAUGUGUGUACCUAACUUACAUCUUAGUUAGUUUUAACAUAGACUGUACAUAUAAUUUAAUUUCUUAUUUUGUCGAGAUCUCUAAUAAAUAUGUAAGUCUAA